AUGCAAACUAUUACAGAGUAUACUAUUGGAAACCCUGUUUACCUCAUAUCCUUGGAAAAAGAGGGAACACCAUUCCAAAAUAACGUCCUGGAAUUGUUUUCAUUGCUUCAUUAUAUUGAUCCAAAUGAGUUCUCUGACCCAAAUGAUGAUCCAUUGUUCUCACCAAUUGAAUCUGAGCGGGGUCUGACAAUAGAUGAAAAAAUCGCCCGCAUUCCUGAGAUUUUAAAGCCUAGGAUGUUGAGGAGAUUGAAAGCUGAUGUGCUAAAAGAUUCUAUGCCAACAAAGAAGUGGGUAGAAGUUCCGUGUACGCUUACAGAUUCUCAGAGAGAUCUUUACAUUAAUAUUCUAGAGAAGAACUACUCAGAGUUGAACAGUGCUAUUCAGGAUGGAAAGAAGCGUCCUCUGAACAACGUGCUCAUGGAACUGCGAAAAUGCUGCAAUCAUCCGUAUUUGUUUACAGGAUCAGAUGUUAAACAACAUGCAGGAGAAGAUGUUCUCCAAUCACUAGUUUCUGCAUCAGGGAAACUUCAACUCUUACACAAGGUGCCUUGA